AUGGCGAGCACGGACUGUCCGGGGAAAGAAGGCGUUGGGGGCAGGAGGAGGAAUUUGGCCCUGCUGAGGAACAAGCUGUACAUGGGGGAGAGGAGGAGGACUGAGCCCGUGGUGGAGAGCACUGCCGCCGCCGGGGACCACGGCACCUUGAGGAGGAGUCAGUCCGACAGGACAGAGUACAGCCAGAAAUUACAAGAAAAAAUGGCCCCGCAGGCAGAGUCCUCAUCCCCUGCCACUUCACUGCAGGAAGACGAAGAACAAGUUAGCAGACGGAUGAUGGCCAGGAGGGUGAAAAUCAUCGCAGAACUCCUGCAGACGGAGAAAGACUAUAUCAGUGACCUGGAUCUCUGCAUCAGGGAAGUGAUUCAGCCCCUGAGGGACAAGCAG